AUGGCUCCAAUCACCUCUAAGAAAUCUAAGGUUGCUAAGAAGUUCGUCGUUGACGCUUCUGCUCCAGUUGAAAACGAUGUUUUUGACCAAGAAGCUUACGUUAAGUACUUGGUUGAACACAUCAAGAUUGAAGGUAUUGUUGGUAACUUGGGUGACGACAUCACCGUUACUUCUGAAGGUACCAAGGUCAUUGUUACCUCCACCGGUAAGUUCUCUGGUAAGUACUUGAAGUACUUGACCAAGAGAUACUUGAAGAAGAACCAAAUCAGAGACUGGAUCAGAUUCGUCUCUGUCAAGCAAAACCAAUACCAAUUGCAAUUCUACUCCGUUGCUGACAACGAAGAAGAAGAAGACGAAGAAUAA